AUGGCAGGGACGGCGCCGCCCCUUCCGCCGCUCCCUCCGGAGCUGCGGACGGCGGUCCCCGCGCGAAGCCUCCCCGACGGCGCGCUCGCGUCCAUGCGCCGAGCCCUCGACGCCCUCGGUGGCGGCGGCGACGAGAACGACCCGUCGACGUCCGCGCCGUCGCUCGUGACCGCGCUCCAAUGCGACGAGCUCCGACGCGAGACCGCGCUGUGGGAGCGCGUGAUGUACAAGUCCGCGAGCCAGCACCGACGCGCGGUGCACUUCCAGCGCAUGCGAGGGCUCACGCGCCACCUUCGCGCGAUCGCGUCGCUGGACGUCGGCGCCGCCGCGGCGGCGCUGCGCGACGGAUUACACGCCGGCGUCUCCGAGCGCGCGAGGGAAACCGCGCUGAGCACCCCCGCGGUGAGAGCGGGCGCGCACGCGAUGUGGAAGCUCCCGCCGCGCGCGCUCUGGGAAGAUCUCGCGCGACGGUUUCGCGCCGUCGCGCGCGUCGUCGCGGACGCGGACGACGCCGCGCUCGCGUGCGCGGAGGCGCUGAGCGGACAGACCGCGCAUUCCUACUUCGUGCCGUUCGCGCUCGUCUCCGUCGCCGCCGUCGCGCGCGUUCGAACGUCGUUGCACCAGCUCGCGGUCGACGUCGUGGCGUCGUACAACGCGCUGCGUCCACUGUUGAGCGACGGCGCGAUGCCGCCGCCGGGGCUGGGCGAAAGUUGGUGGGACGACGCGAAGGCGCCGGAGUCGCUGAAGUGCGAGUGGGUCUCAGUGGCGGGCGCGUCGAAGGCGGUGCGACCGAACGUGCGCGCGGUCGACGGCGGCGAGAGCUCCGCGGUCGGGGUCAUCGACGACGAGGACUGGUCGUGGCGGCUGAUGCACGGGUUGGCAGAGGGGGAGAGGGCGGAACGGAACGAGUCGAACGCCGCGGUCGGAACGGCGACGAGGGAAGACCUCGGCGCGGCGGUCCCGAGGAAAGUCCGGGGUCUCGAAGUUUCCAUCGACGUGGAUCGCAGAGACGACGCCGACGACGCCGCCGCCGGGAAGGCGAUGGACGCGAAACCGUUGUACUCGACCGUGAGCGGCGGGUUAGGUCUCGGCGUCGCCGUGGAAAGGAAACCGGAGGCUCUCGAAGUCGUUCCCGCGAGCAUCGAGUCGUUGGCGUCGACGUUGGCGCCGCCGCCGGAGACGAUCGACGCGACGACGGGGGAUACGCCGGGCGGGAAGAAGAGGCGUCGCCCGGGCGGAGCGGGGGGGGUUCCGGAAGCGUCGCCGGCCGCAGAGGUCGGGGUGAAAAAGAAGAAGAAAAAGAAGAAGCAAACGACCGAGCCAGCCGGUGAAGGCGACGGCAAACCCCAGUCCGCGGUGGAGAGGGCGAUGGCUCUGCUCAUGGGAAAAUAG